CACGAUAGCUGGUCUGUGACGUGCCGACCAGGUUUUUUUCUAUUGUUUUACUUAUAGAAGUCGUUUCCCCACGAGUUUUAAAAAGGUGGAGUGAAACCAAACAAGAUGCCAUUUAAAAGGCUUGCCCUUGUUGGUACACCAUCAUAACUAAAAAUGUAGGCUUUUGAAUGCAAAUAAGUUUUUCAGAUUUCUCUCCUUUUUAAUCCAGCUUUACCAGUUGCUGUAAGAUGGAGGACGCAGAUUUGUUUAUGGAAUGUGAGGAGGAAGAGCUGGAGCCAUGGCAACAGAUGGAUCAGGAUGAGAAGCAUGAUUCACCUGACACUGCUAAAAAACUUGCUACCCCAACUGUAGCCAAAACACUUGUGAUUCCUUGCAUACCAACAACAAGUACUAAGGUCAGCACUGUUUCACUGCUCAGUAAUACAGCUGUACCUGCUGGCAUUUCUAAACCUGGGCAGCCAUUGAUCCUGACCCAGGGUGCAGGGGGUUUGACACCUGUGGCUUUGUCUCAAGUUUUUCUACCUAGUACUGUACCUGUCUCAAGUGCUAGUGGCAGCCAGCCCAUCUACCUGACCACACAGGCGAUUCCUGUCCAGAAUGUCCAGUCAGGCCAGAGCCCAGUGAGCAUCGUAUUAAAUGUCCAGCAGGGUCAAACUGUUCGACCUAUUACACUGGUCCAAGCACCUGGAGCACCUGGAAUUUUUAGACCAGCAGUAGGAACAACUCAGCUUAUUACCCAGCAACUUCAAACAAGACCUACAACUCAAGUGGUAAAUCGGACACAGGUUCCAGCCUCUUUCACUACCAUGCAGAUCCCUACCACUAUCACCAUCAAAAGCACAACCCCAACCAGCCUUCCCAGAGCAACAGCUGUGCCCUCUGUCCCUGUUACCCAGGGCUCUACCCUGUCAAAGGUUCUGCCCAUAAACAACCAGACUAAAAUUGUGGUAAAGUCAGGAACCAGCAGUUUGGACAUUCAGAACCUGAUGAGCAUUGUAAACCAUGUUAAUCGUCCUACAGGAGGUCAGCCCCAGACCAUUGUUGUCAUGAGCAGUCAGAAGGCAGAUGGUGCGGGAUCUACUGAUGCUGUUCAGACUGUUUUACCCCCAGCUCAGAGCAAUGUUGUGCAAGUCUCUUCUAUAACCCCAUCAUCCCACUCUUGUCCACGAUGUGGAGCCCAGUUCAAAAUGAUUGAGGCACUCCGGGGUCAUAUGUGUUUCUGCUGUCCUGACUUAAGUCAGACUACAACUGUGACGAGCAACGUGCCUGCUCAUUCUGAACAAGAGCCACAAAAUAUGAACACUGAGGACAAUAACUUGUCCUUGAAUGUUAAGAGUGAAAACAUGGACACAAACCUAGGAGAACACCAGUCUAGGAUUGUCAUGUUGGUGGAUGAUUUCUAUUAUGGAACCUACGAGGGAAAUCGAUCCUAUGUUCCCACGGACACCUUAAAAGAACCGUUAUCAUUCAGAUGCCUCACCUGUGGCAAAAAGCUGAAGAACAAUAUCAGGCUUAUGAAACAUUUAAAGGCCCAUGUAAAUGAAGAGCAGCAGACUGGAGAGAUGGUCUCACACACAUCCUGUCCACAUUGUUACCGUCAGUUUCCAACUCCAUUUCGCCUUCAGUGCCACGUGGAGAGUGUUCACAGUGCUGUUCAGUCAAUUACCAGUUGUAAAAUUUGUGAGUGGGGCUUUGAGAGUGAACCCGUUUUCCUGCAGCACAUGAAAAAUACUCACAAACCUGGAGAAAUGCCAUAUGUUUGUCAGGUGUGCAAGUAUCGGUCUUCAUUCUACUCUGACGUACAUAACCACUUCUGCACGUGGCAUGAGGAUACUCGAUAUCUGCUCUGCAUUUACUGUUUAAAGGUCUUCAAGAACCCUACUAAUUAUCAACAACAUUUCUCUCGCCAUCAGAAAGGUUCAGUGUACCAUUGUAACAAAUGCCGACUUCAGUUCCUUUUCACAAAAGAAAAAGCUGAACAUAAAGUAAAUCACCACAAGACCUUCCGUAAGCCAAGUCAACUGGAAGGGCUCUUGGCUGGGACUAAAGUGACCAUUAGGGCAUAUCCAGGAAAGAAAAUGGCUAGUUACACAGGUUUUAAAGCAAGUAAAAAGCCCUCUACCAUUGACAGGAAAACAGUCACAGCUCAGCCCAGUCAGCCUUCAUUAAUGCACACACACAGUACUAAUGACCAGAAACCAGCCGUGCAGCAGAGCACUGGAACUGGGAAGAAACAAAUCACCAAGAUGUACAAUUUCCUGGUAAAGUUUCAGGAGCAAAGAGCACUAUGGGGUAGACAGAAGUGUGUGGAGUGCACUUUUGAUAUCCCAGAUUUUGCCAAUCACUUUCCUACAUAUGUCCACUGCUCAUUAUGUACAUACAGCACCUGCUGUUCCCGAGCCUAUGCUAAUCACAUGAUCAACAGUCAUGUUUCUGGCAGAGUACGUACACGUCGUAGUAAAAAGAGCUCUUUGAGUUGGAUAGAGCUGACAUGUUCACAUUGUUACUACAACACUAAUCAGGGAGACUUAAUGGCCAAGCACCUUGCUCAGUUCCCAAGUCACCAAUACAGUGUCUUCAGUAUGAAAGAGUGUCUGGAGACUGAUAUUGAGUUCUAUCCAGUGGAGGAGGAGAAAGUGGGAGCUAGUAAUGAGGCAAAGUCUGAAUGGUUGUCCAUGGAGCAUUGGAAAGUUCCAAGUGAUGAAGGAUCUGUACCAGAGUUUACAGACAGCUGUGGACCACAGCAUUUAAUACCCAAGAGCAGUGAUGUCCUUGAGUACUUCCAGCUACUGUUUCCUGAUGCCCUUAUUGACCAAAUUGUUAAGGAGACCAACCUUUAUGUUGAAUACCAGAAAAGUGUAGACAAAGGGGGCACCAAAUGGCUUCCUCUUACCAAUGAGGAGGUCAAAGGUUUCAUAGGACUGUCAAUUCUUAUGGGUUUACAAGUUCUUCCAGAUCCAGAGAUGUAUUGGUCCUUUGAUCAUUAUAAUAACUGCUCCGCUUUCUACAGGACUAUGUCUGCUGCCCGCUUCAAGCAGAUCAGCAUUAAUAUUCGGAUGAACAGCAUGCUUAAAAAAGGAGGUCAACACAACGCGGACAAGCUGUCUUUUUUCCAGAACAUGCUUAAAAUCCUGGAGACUGGCAUGCUUAGAGCUUACAAACCAAACAAAUGUUUGACUAUUGAUAGGACCAUUCUAAAAGCCCAUGAAGUUGGAGCAGAUGAGGAGAAAAGUAGAAACUCUACACCACAAAUAUGGCUCUUAUGUGACUCAAAAUCAGGCUAUUGUCAUAAAUUGCUAAUUUUGACAAAACAUGAAAAGGGCAAAGACUUGGGACGCUUGGUUGUUCCACAUCUCCUAAAAGGCCUGGAAAACAAAAAUCACCAGGUUUUUAUUUCCAGCCUGCUAACCAGUGUACCUCUUAUGAAGGAGCUCCACAAAGUGAACAUAUACUGCUCCAGCUCUGUCCUCCCAUCCAGUCCAGCACUCCCUGAAGAAUUCUGGAAUCAGGCCACACUGAAGAAUACUGGAGAUUUUGUUCAGUUUGAGCACCCUCCUGCUUUGGUUACCAAAUGGAAGGAUGCAAAGGAGAUGUUCUGUCUUUCCACAAACGCUGUUGCUGGCAACCCAGACAAAGUAUGGAGGAGAUCUACCGUUAAGGCAGGAGAACUCUCCACCAUCUCAAGACCACUGGCUUUUAAGCUGCUUCAGGAUAACAUGCGUGGUGUGGACAUUUGCAGUCAGCUGCUGGCAUGCAAUCAGUUAGGUGGAUUGGUCCUGGACACAAACUGGCGUUGUCUGUUCUGGUUCCUUGUCAACUUAAGCAUCAUUAACUCUUUUAUCAUUCUCCGGGAGAUGCGGAAAAGCAGUCCACCUGGAUGGCUUCAUGGAGGUCACUUCUCUCAGGCUGCCUACCGAAAACGCUUGGGAUUCCAGCUAGCCAAGUGUGCUGAAAGGCAUGCGCUUCAGAAGCAAGUUACAGAUGAACAGAAGCAUCACAAAAGAAAUGAGGGUAGGAAAGAACUUUUUGACACUUCUGAAGGGGUCAAACACCGUUUAGCAAAAAUUUCUAUUAGGACAAGAAGAUGUAAGAGCUGCAACGUGACACAACAGCGGCAUGAGAGUGUCUAUGGCUGCAUUGCAUGCCAGGUCAACCUCUGCAGGCAUACCCGUUGCUUCUGGGACUACCAUGGUUUCUCUGCAAAUUACAAAGGAAACCCAAGAACUGGAUUUGUGGAACCUAAGAGGGAACAAGUUCACUCUGUGGUUGACUCCAGCUUAUCAAAAAGAUUCUCCCAUGGUUCUGAAAUGGAGGUCUCCACUACAUCACUGGCGGACUCUUCAGAGCUGAACCAAGAGUAUGAUAAGGAAAUGGCUCCUCUAGAGACGUCAGAUUCAGAGCUGGACACAGAUGACAGUGCUCAGGAAGAGCCUGAAUAUGAGCUCAAAGACAGGAAGCCAACCAAACCAAACUCUCCAAAGACAAUGACAGAAAACGAGGAAGCACUAUCUGUACGGCAGCUCCGAACACUACUGCUUGCACUGUGCUCUGGAAUUCAGAAAGCAGCCAAGGACAUGAACAUUGAACCUCAGCUUAUCAGAACUUGGCUUAAAGACAGAGAGAGAAGACUUGAGUGUGAGGAUUUAGGUAAAAGUGAAAGCAGUGGAGAGGCUGUGGAGCAUUUGGUGGAGUGGGUGCUAGAUCAGCGAGAGCAGCAGCAUCCUGUUGCUGAGAGAAACUUGUUUCAAAAAGCUUCAGAGAUCCACACUGAAACAAAUAAAACGAGUUCCUUUCGUAUCUCUUAUGACUGGGCAGUUAACUUUAUGCUUGAACAUAAGCUGGGCUUGGAAAAUGUUGGCAUGUCUGGUCGACAGCUUCCACCCAUCAUGGAGAAAAAUUGCCUGGAUUUUACUGAGUUUGUGCAAAGACAGAUUAAAAUGCACAAUAUGUCUGUUUCUGCUGUCGGUGCUAUGGAUGAAUUUUCUGUUUUUGUUGACUUUGACAAACUGAUUGAAAGCAAUGACACUUCCAAAGAUGAAGCCUUUAAAUUUGAGGGUACUGGAAAACCUUGGAUAAACAUUUACUUUUCAGUGCUGGCAGAUGGCACAGUGCUGCCAGCAAUGCUGUUUUUUAAAGGCCCCCGAUUAGAGAAUUUUACCCAAGGGUUGUCUGACUUGGUGCUGCUUGAGGCAAAGGUUGAAGGUUUUUCAGAAAAAGAAGAACUUCAGAUCUGGACUGCUAAGGUAUGGCAGCAGCGUUCCCAGGAUGAGAAGAAAAUGCUAAUCAUAGAUGCUCAUCAUAACCACAUGUCUGAGGACUUUUUGUCUAACUUGAGUGGCACUCAAACCUUACCUAGCGUUCUACCAUUUGGCUGUGCCACCAAACAGCAACCUUUGGAAAAAUGUGUGUUUCCUGUUCUGAAAAAAUUCCUGUUGAAUCGUUGGUCUCAUUUGGUAGCCCAAGGUAAAGCAGCUGGUAUCAAGUCUGAAGACCUGGUUCUGCUCCUUAUAACCUGGCUUAAGGAGGCCUUGGCUGCUUGUUCUGGCAAGCCUAAGCUGAUUCAGGACUCAUUCUGUUUAACCCAAGUAAUCAUUGAGCGAGGAGAAAGUGAAAAGGCUAACUCUCAGGGUGAUCUUGUAAAUAGUUUGACAGAAGCAAUGUUCAGGCCAGAAGCAGUAGAUUCUGAUCUGUUGUCAGAAGAAACACCAGUCGGAAAACAUACUGAAAGUAUCCUGAAAGAAAAUGCAAACAAAAUGAAUGAAGAAUUGUACACAAUGGACAAUGUUAAACAGACAGCACGGGAAAUAGUUAAAGAAACAGAAGAUAAAAGCAGAACGGAGGCCAGUCCAGUUGAGACUAAAACUGAAAAAACAGUUGAAGGGUAAACAAUUUAAAAGACUCAAGUAAAACAUCUGGAACAUGUCCCUUCCCUAUUACACAGACUGUGUCGAAAACUUUAGGCAAGGCUUGUGACUGUGAAAAAGAGAAGCCUCUAGAACCCUGUGCAGAAUUUGGUCCUUGACCAGAAUUCAUUUAAUGUAAUUUAAUUUGGUUUCAGUGGCUAAUUUUGUACACAGAUUGUUGGAUUUGUACAGAAGAGAAUGAAUAAAGGUUUAAAUGUAAUGUCUAAUAA